CCACACACACGUUGUCUCUCUCACACACACGCUCACACUGGAACCUUCAGGGCAACAUUUGAAGCCGAGUUGCUGAAGUGGACUACUGGGGAAAAAGUGAGAGGAAAAAGAAGGGCAGAGGAGGGAAGUGGCAGAAAGCAGAGAUGGUGAAAGAAAAAGAAAAACAGUUGGAAAGAGUGAAGCAGAGAAGGUGAGGGUCUCUGACAGACAAAGAGGACAAGUUUACAGAAGCUGAACAGAGCAGAGGAGAGGGGCUUUAUCUGUACUUUACUCUCACACAUGGCCUGGACUCAAAAACAGCCCGGUGCCAUGUGCUUCUAUGACAUCCUGACGUUACAGUAACCAAGAGGAGGAGGGACAAGGAAGUGGAGGAGAGCUGUGAACCUAACCAGGAGUUAUCAGGAGAGGAGGACGAAAGAGCAUGUUGAAUCUGUUUGAGCUGAAGGAAUGACAUUGAGCUUUAACCUGGAGCUGUCCACUGCCUGAUCACUAUGAGGGAGUGGAGCUUUUGCUUCACACAGCGGAGGAAGAUCAGUUACGGAGCACCCAGACUGCCGAAGAGCCUAACAAAAACCUAAUGGACUUGACAACAUCAAAAAGAGGAGCCAGUUGGUAGGACAGGAGGGAAAGGGGAUACAUGUGAGGGGAGACAGAUGAUGGAAGAUAAAGUGGGGGGAUGAUGAGAAAGUCGAUUAGAUAGAUUAAAGGAGCGCUAGAGGCAGAAGUAAGAGUCAAAUGAGAAGUGAAGCUUAAGAGUGAAAGGAGGCAGAGAUGAAAUAGCAUACUGUCAGAAAAAGAAGAGACAGGUAAGACAGAGGAAGAUACAGCUCCUGGAGAGCAGAAGUCUAGACAGAUCCGGAGUGCCAUCAGUAUUCAGAGAUCAGCAGAAAGAAAUAGUAGUCACGAUGUUCAUGAACUUCCGUCGGAUCCACAAGUGCCAGUGUGUGCAGCUGCUGACCACAGGCCUGAUUCUGUGUGUGGUGAUGGUCUGCUGGGAGGAGCUGGACCACCAUGUGGUCAGCCACAUGAGAUCCUACACUUACCGCUACCUGGUCAACAGCUAUGACUUUCUCAAUUCUUCCUUCGCCAUCACCUCAAACCAUCACAACAGAAAGGAUGGUUCUAACGGUGGGGACAGUGGGUUAGUGAACUAUGCAUACCUCAUCAACCACCCAGGUAAAUGUGGAGGUGCCAGUGCAGAUGGGAAAAGCUGGGAUGAUGUCCUACUACUACUGUUUGUGAAAUCAUCACCGGAGAACUUUGAGCGGCGCCAGGCCAUCAGGGACACGUGGGGAAACGAAAGCUUUGUAUGGUCAGAACUAGGGGCAAGUGUGAGGUUGGUGUUCGCCCUUGGUGUGCACCCAGAUGCUGAGCAGAGAUCCAGGGUGCAAAGCGCACUGCUGCAGGAGGACCAGGUCUAUGGAGACCUGAUCCAGCAGAACUUUUUGGACACCUUUCAUAACCUGACUACCAAAUUGAUUUUGCAGUUCCACUGGGGCCACAAGUACUGCCCUCAGGCCCAUUUCCUCAUGUCUGCUGAUGACGACAUCUUUGUCCACAUGCCCAAUUUGGUGAAGUACCUGCGGGAGCUCUUGAGUACAAAAAGAGGGGCCAAAGACCUGUGGGUGGGGCAUGUACACAGAGGAGCCCCUCCAGUUCGCCGUAAAAAAAGCAAAUAUCAUGUUCCAGAUGAUCUGUACCCCUGGCCUUCCUACCCAGACUACACUGCUGGAGCAGGGUACGUGGUUUCAGGGGAUGUUGCUGCUAAGAUCUACCAUGCAACUCUGGUGCUGAACUCCUCCAUAUACAUUGACGACGUCUUCAUGGGCAUUUGUGCCAAAGCCAUGGGGGUCUCUCCCCAGGAGCAUGUGUACUUUUCAGGGGAGGGCAAGGCUCCAUACCACCCCUGCAUCUAUGAUCACAUGAUCACAUCGCAUGGUCACGCCAAGGAUGUGCGCUCACUAUGGCAGGCAGCAACAGACCCUACAAUGCACAGCCACUCUAGAGGAGUUAUGGGUAGUCUUUACUGCACAGCAGUGAGAGUGAUGAUGCUGUGUCUACCAUAUUACCGAAACACGUACUCUUGUAUGGCUGCUUUUACAUGAAUGCUCUUAAAUUGAAGGACUGCUGAAUGUGCCAACCAAAGAAAUGGCAGUACCUCACACAAAAAGUCUGUUUUUUUUCAUUUCCAUGUUAAGUUUUACUGUUUGCUGGUGAUAUUGUAUGUGUUUGCUAUCUUAUAAUAAAGACCCAAAUGUUUGUGUUAA